CUGCAACUCACCAAACAGAACCCCCAACCACAUCAAUGCUAUAAACGAGCUUGAGGAGAUAAAAAAAUUCCCCUCCAACCAAGCUCCUCUGUGCUUUCACUCCGUCUCAGUCCCAUCGUUUUACGUCGGGCGGUCAAAAUACUUAUCCGGAGACUUGUGGCGCAUCGGGCGCCUUGGAGAACCGUUUCUCCCACUUUUCGUUCCUUCAUGGCUACCAAUUCUGGGUCUGCAAACCCUCUCGGGGAGCAGACUGCUCCUGUAACACAACCGCCUCCUCCGUUAUCCGAAGAAACCAAAUCCGCUAUCCAAGAAGCUGCGAAAAAUGGACAAUCCGAACCAGGCCAGGACACCUCCGCGGCCCCUGGCAAAAAACCAAAGACUGAAAAGGAGCUAGAGCGGGAAAGACGCAAGGCCGAAAAGAAUAAGAAGUUUGCUGAAAAGCAGGCAAAAGCGGCGUCUGCCAAACCUGCGCAGCCCAAGGCAGAGAAGAAGGAGAAGGUCAUUGACAAAACCACCGAUGCGUACGAGCCCAAAGUAAUUGAACAGGGUCGUUAUGAAUGGUGGGAGAGGAAAGGGUUGUUUCAACCCCAACUUGACGAGAAUGGGAAUAUCAAGCCGGCAGGUGCCUUUACUAUGGCCUGUCCUCCUCCCAACGUUACCGGUUCUCUCCACAUGGGUCAUGCUCUCAUGGUGGCCCUUCAAGACACCAUGACGCGAUUCUACCGAAUGAAGGGAAAGACGACUUUAUGGAUUCCCGGAGUUGACCAUGCGGGUAUCUCGACUCAAAGCGUUGUUGAGAAGAUGUUAUGGAAGGAGAAGAAACAAACCCGCCAUGAUCUCGGUCGUUCCGCAUUUGUCGAAUUGACCAAGGAAUGGAAAGACAGAUAUCAGGGAUCUAUCCUUACUUCGUUGAAAGCAAUGGCCGCCUCACUAGAUUGGUCUCGUGAGGCCUAUACCAUGAACAGCGAUUUCUCGGCCGCAGUGACAGAGCAUUUCUGUCGCCUCCAUGAAGAAGGCACUAUCUACCGUGCCAAUCGACUUGUCAAUUGGUGUUGUAACCUGAAUACAUCUUUGUCGAAUUUGGAGGUCAUAAAUACGGAUAUUCAAGGCCGAACUCUGCUCGACGUUCCAGGCUACGAUAAGAAAGUCGAAUUUGGUGUCCUCACCCAUUUCUACUAUGAGGUUGAUGGCCUUGCUGAACGCAUCGAAAUAGCAACGACCAGACCUGAGACAAUGCUUGGCGAUACUGGUAUUGCCGUACAUCCUGAUGAUAAGAGAUAUCAGCACUUGGUCGGAAAGAAGGCCAAGCAUCCUUUCGUCGACCGCCUCUUGCCAAUUGUAGCCGAUUCAUCUGUCGCCAUGGAUUUUGGUACCGGUGCAGUCAAACUUACACCCGCGCAUGACUUUAACGAUUAUGCCCGUGGAAAACAACAUGGCCUUGAAUUCGUCUCAAUUUUGAAUGACAAUGGCACUCUUAUGGAUAACUGUGGUGAAUUUUCUGGUCUCAAGCGUUUUGACGCGAGAUAUGCCGUUAUCGCAAAACUUAAGGAGAAAGGCUUAUAUGUGAAGUGGGAGAACAACCCUAUGGUUAUUCCACGUUGCGAGAAGAGUAAGGAUAUUAUUGAGCCUGUGCUCAAGCCGCAAUGGUGGAUGAAAAUGGACGAGCUCGCACAAGCUGCAGUGAAGGCUGUUGAGAACAAAGAAGUUACCAUCAGUCCUCAGUCUGCUGAGAAGAACUUCUUCCAUUGGAUGAGGAAUAUCCAGGAUUGGUGCAUUUCCCGUCAAUUGUGGUGGGGUCAUCAAGCACCCGCUUAUCUUGUCGAGUUAGAAGGAAAACCUGCGGAUCAAGAAGACAAUAACUCGUGGGUGGUUGGGCGAACAGAGGAACAAGCUCGCGAACGAGCAGCAGCAAAGUUCCCAGGACAGAAAUUCACCCUCAAGAGGGAUGGGGACGUACUCGACACAUGGUUCUCCUCUGGUUUGUGGCCUUUCGCGACUCUAGGCUGGCCAAACACCGAGAACCCUGAUUUCCAAAAGUUCUUCCCCACCAGCACUUUGGAAACUGGCUGGGACAUUCUUUUCUUCUGGGUCGCGAGAAUGAUCAUGCUUAGUCUCAAGCUGACUGGCAAAGUUCCUUUCAAGGAAGUCUACUGUCACUCUCUGAUCCGUGACAGCGAUGGUCGCAAGAUGAGCAAGUCACUUGGCAACGUUAUCGAUCCUCUCGACGUUCAGAAGGGUAUCACUCUGGAUGCUUUACAUGAGAAGUUGAAGCUCGGUAACUUGGCUGAGAAUGAAAUUAGCGUCGCCACCAAAUACCAAAAGAAAGCCUUCCCCAAAGGUAUUCCAGAGUGCGGUGCUGAUGCCUUGCGCAUGGCGCUUGUAUCGUAUACUACGGGCGGUGGUGACAUUGCUUUCGACGUCAACGUUAUUUUCGGAUAUCGACGAUUUUGCAACAAGAUUUAUCAGGCUACCAAGUUUGUUCUCGGAAAAUUGGGUCCUGACUUCAAGCCUUCGGCAUCUCCUUCCAAGACUGGGCAUGAAUCACUCUCAGAGCGAUGGAUCUUGCACAAAUUCAACGAAGCAGCCAAGGAAAUCAACAAUGCCAUCGAAACUCGCGAAUUCUCCAUCUCCGCAUCAACAGCAUACCAAUACAUCUAUUCCCAACUGUGCGAUGUCUUUAUUGAAAACUCCAAGUCGCUUCUUCAAGCCGAUACUCCUGCUGAGAUCCAAGAGUCGGCCAAACAGACUUUGUAUACUGCCCUCGAGGGAGGUCUACUCUUGAUACACCCCAUCAUGCCUUAUAUCACCGAAGACCUCUGGCAACGCCUACCACGCCGCGAAGGCGACAAGACUGAGUCUAUCAUGGUAGCCCGUUUCCCAGAGUACACUGCUUCUUUCGAUGAUGCAGCGGCCGAGAAUGCUUAUGAGCUAGUCCUGAACACUUCCAAAUCCAUCCGCUCCAUCCUAACGCAAUACGAAGUCAAGGAGAAAUCCGACCUCGUUCUCGCAUGCUACAACGACACGAGCUACAAGACCGUCUCCGACGAAGUCGUGUCCAUCAAGUCUCUUGGCGGAAAGUACGCCGGUGAGAUCUCCAUCCUUGGUCCGGAGAACAAGACUCGCCCGUCGGGAUGCGUGGUGAGCCCGAUUGGCGCCGACGCAGCUGUUUACCUGAAGGUCAGCAAGCAGGUCGCUCUUGAACGGGAAGAAAAGGCCAGAGCUAGUUUGGCAAAAGCUCAAGAUGUUAUUUCCAAGGCACAAAAGACGAUGAAUACUCCUGGCUGGCGCGAAAAGGCUAGGCCAGAUGUUCGCGAAUUGGAAGAAAAGAGGUUGCGGGAUGCAGAGGGUGAGGCUCUUUUGAUUGAGGAACAAAUCCGUGAGUUGGAGAAGUUGCGUCUAGAUGCUUAGGUGUGAAGUAUGUACCGGAGGUGAACAUAAAAGAUAGUUGGGUCUGGUGCUAGAAUUUCAAGUCCUAGAUACAGCCUAAAUCUUCGUUUACUAUUGAAAGGAAAUAGUGUCAAAGCUUAUCAAAAUUCAUCAAAUAUUUAUAUGAAAGAAUUAAUUCGGAUAUCAA